CACACACACACACACACACACACACAGACACACACCUACAAGAGCCAGAAGUGAGGACUUGUGGCUCAUCGUCCCGGAAAGACACAAGAGGACACGGGAGUCAAAGACCAUGAUCAAACGCAAACUGAGCUUCAAGUGGUUUGGUAGUCUCACCAGCCUCCGGAGGAAAUCGGACUCCCAGAAGGACGAUGUCAAAGAGGUGUCCGCCGACGAUAUGGGCAUGCACCCGCGCAGCCCGAGCUACGCCAGCUCCAGUGAAAUGUACACGCACAUGGGCACCAUGCCGCGUCACCCAAAGAAGGACAAGAGCUUGAAGAAGAGCAAGUCCAAGGACAAGACCAACCUCAGCCGGAGCCAAAGCAUGAGACCUUCGCAGGACCAUGUCGUUGACUCCCCCCUCCUCAGCGUCCUCUCCGGGAAGGGCCUGGAGGCCCUGGAGAGACCCAUGUUGGAGGACAAGCCGGCGGCGGGAAAACUAGCCGCCGAUAAUCACAUUCAGAAUCGCGACCUUCCUCCUCCACCGACUACGGAUGGACACUCAACGAAGCCGGAAGCUGAUGAUAAGGAGCCAUCGGCUAAUUCCGAGCCCCAUGUCGAUCCACCGAAAGCAUGUCCGGAAGCUUCACCGGAUCUGAAUCGGAGCAAGGAGCCAGACCUCCAGCCGGUGCUGCCCAAGAAGAGGCAUAGAGAAGGAGACGCCUCCGUGAGGGACGCUGGGGAGCUCCAGGUGGAUGGACAUGUGCUUCGGUUACCUCUGAAACAAGACAGUCACGUGAAGCAGACGCAAGCAGUAGAGGAGGAUGCUAAAAUAAGACCAGACCACAAACAAGACAGUCAGGAAGAGAAGGAGAGUAACAGACAGCUGAACACCACAGACAACCAAGGGGAAUAUGUGGAAUUCUCCAAGGAGAAGUACCUGCUGGAGUCGCCCCCGGAGAAGCUCAGGAAGGAGCUGGAGGACGAGCUCAAACUCAGUAGCAGUGACAUGAGGAGCCACGGCUGGUACCAUGGCCAUAUUCCACGAGAGGCUUCAGAAACGUUGGUUCUGCGUAGCGGUGACUUCCUCGUGCGGGACUCCCUGUCGACCGUGGGAGACUACGUCCUCACGUGUCGCUGGCAGCAGGAAGUCAUCCACUGUCGGAUCAGCAAAGUCCUGGUCAAAGGCGGGCAAACCAAAAUCCAGUACAUGCUGGAGCACGAGACCUUCGACUCUGUCCCCGCGCUGGUCAGGCACCAUGCUGGCACGGGGCGGCCCGUGUGCCCUCGCACCGGAGCCCAGCUGCUGUGUCCGGUCAACCGCACGCUGCCGCUCAGGUACCUGGAGGCCACGUUUGCUUUGGCCGGUGGGAGACCGGGGUCUACACAUUCACCAUCGACCCAGAGGGGGGCGCACAUCAAGAGACGAAGCGUUACCAUGACGGAUGGACUGACCACGGAGAAGAUCAUUCCUCACAGUGCGACCCAGUCUACAGAGCCAGAUGAGCCCCAGACAGUCGAGCCAGAGGUGAAACCAGCGGAGGGCAGCAGCUGCCCUUCUACGUUGCACCAUAAGGAUGCCAUGAGGAACUGCGCCAUGAGCAUGGAUCAGAUCCAAGAGUACCGCUGCCCGCUGUCUCCUGUGGGAGAAACACCUCUUUCACCUGCCUACAGCUCCAUCUCCCGUCACAGGCAUGGCUCGGGAGGGCGUGUCCUCGCUGUGAUCCCGCCUUCUCCGGUGAUGCGGCGCUCCAGCGACCCCCAUCUCUCGCCGUCCUCCUCCAAUAACAACCUUCCCUGCUCAGACGCGACCCCCUGCACUCACUCCACGCCGGCUCACGGUUACCCGUCCGAGAGUUCGGAGCCGGGCGGCAGCUACUGCGAGCUGAGACCCGGUCAAGCCCCCAUUCCUCCUUGCAAGAGCUACGUGGAGAGGCUGAGGGUGGAGGAGGGCCAAACCCCCGGCUCCGGAGCCCCAGAUGGGCUGGAGAGCUUCAUGCUCCCCCUGGUGGAGACCAGCUCCUCCUUCAAGCCUGGGAAAUACCAGUCCGCUCUGCUGCCAGCCGAGAAUAAACCUCUGGAGAUGAGCGUGUUGAAGAGGGUGAAGGAGCUGCUGGCCGAGGUGGAUCCCAAAACAGCCGCCAAGCACAUCACCAAGGCAGACUGCACGGUUGCUAGGAUACUGGGCGUUACCAAGGAGAUGCAGAGGAUGAUGGGAGUGAGCUCGGGGCUGGAGCUGCUGACUCUUCCGCAUGGACACCAGCUAAGACUGGAUCUGCUGGAGAGGUUUUACACCAUGUCUAUAAUGAUGGCGGUGGAUUUGUUGGGUUGCACGGGCAGCACAGAGGAGAGAGCAGCCCUCCUGCAUAAAACCAUCCAGCUGGCUGCUGAACUCAAGAGCAACAUGGGCAACAUGUACGGAUUCGCCGCCGUCAUGAGAGCCCUGGAGCUGCCGCAGAUCUCACGGCUGGAGCAGACGUGGAUCACACUGCGACAGAGACACACAGAAGGUGCAAUCCUCUAUGAGAAAAAGCUCAAGCCGUUCCUGAAGGCCAUGAAUGAUGGGAAAGAGACCUGUGUGCUCUCAAACACGUCUUUCCCUCACGUGGUGCCGGUGUUGUCGCUGCUGGAGCGUGGCGUAGCUGCUGGAGAGGCUCUGGAGUCGUGGGAGAGCGUGGAGUCUGGAGUGGACGUGGUCAUGAGUCACCUGGAAGCGGCACGAACCAUCGCUCACCACGGGGGACUGUACCGCACCAACGCCGAGAGCAAACUCCAGGAUUUCCAGGAGCAGAAGGAGGUGCUGGAAAUCUUCUGUACGGAGUUUCAGAUGAGGCUUUUAUGGGGCAGCCGCGGCUCUGAAGGAAGCCAGUCCGAGCGCUACGAGAAGUUUGACAAGGUCCUCACCGCUCUGUCCCACAAGCUAGAACCUCCUGUACGGCACAGCGAAUUAUAGCACCCCCGCACCCACAAAUGGUAUGAUCCCUGACCUUCCUGUCACUCCUACUCCUGGACCGGACCAUGCUUUUUUGGGGGGGAACACGGCACUGAGGGACUCGCUCUGCAAAACAAGGCACAAAAGGGGACAGGCUUUAUGCGAGCAUGAUAGCGCCCCCUAAAGAACACAGCGGUGAACUGCAGCAAUGGAAUGAAAUAAAAAUCUAAAGCCAAAAUCCCUUUUUCAGUGGUGACCAAGGGCACUUCCUUUUCAAAAAGAGAGAAUGUGAUGAAGUGCGAGUUGACUUUAACCCUAACGGGUCUGAAUCCUGUUUCAUGUGAAUCCAUAAUUUAGUUUCCGUCAGCUUUUAUGUCGACAAAAAGCAGGAGGUGACACGUCUCCGUGCUUGGAGACGAGACUGCAUUGACGUUACACGGUUUAUUGCUGGAAUAGACUGAACACACGCUCACCUUUCAAAUGUCUGAAUGUAAGUUGCCAAACCAUGAAUUUAAACCGAUGUCUGCUGGAAAAAGAGUCUUAUUUUUAUGCUCACUUUUUGGGUUCACUUCUGUGUAGUUGUGGGGGUUUUUUCAGGUCUUGUCAUGGCUUUGUCGAUAGAAACGGAGUCGACGGUUACUGUGAGGAACUGGGCCUUCAUUUUUGUACCGCGUCUGUAACAGAUGCUCACAUUCACGGUCUGACAGCAUCGCUUCUCAGAGCGCUUUGGUGUCUAUGUGUUAGCGAGGAAGUGUACGAUAGAAGACAUGCUGUUUUCCUUCCUCUCUUUCGGUCUUUUUGGGGGUUUGUUUUUGUCUGAAUGGGUCACAUCAUUAUGACGUUCCUCGUAAUUAGAAAUGUUCGGACUUAAAAAAAUCAAGUGCAAAAAAAAAUUUUUUUGAGACUUGGCAACCCAAGCUCAUUAACAUAAGACCGCCCACUUCGUCAUUUUCAAAGGAUCUGAUUUGUUAAAACAGACUUUGCUUAUUGAAUUAAUUGUUAUUAAGUGCUGUUGUCACCGGAAAACUUAUACCGAUAAACGCGGAAGUGUGAAAAAAGCUACCUGUGAAAGUGGUAAAGUCCGCCACGUGCUGUGCUGUUUCGGCUGUGUGUAGCACCUACUGCUCUGCAGAGCUUUCGAGAUGUCGGAAAAAGCAAAAGAAAUGUCGGAAAACAGCUCAUUUACAGUGAAAAUCGCUACGUUAGCAACCCCACAGCUCAUGCGUUUCUCAUAGAAGGCCAUUUGCAUAAAGUCUUAAAGGCACAGCAGCGCAAAAACAGCCUGCAAAAUUAAGUUAAAUAGCAAAAAUCUGGAUAUGACCGCUUUAAUAUCUUUCGUGACCGAUAGCGCUUGUCGACACGGCCUUGGCAACGAUACAUAACUCUCAAUGCAUUUCAGUGAAUGUCAGUUUGAAUUAAAUUAUUUAAGAGACCCAUAAAGCCAAACUUUACGGAUCGAACACAGACGUUUGAUUAUUCAUUCAAAACAUUUAAAGUAAUGUCACGGCAAUAAUUUACAAACUAAUAUAUAGAGGAUCGCUGUGUUAGCGGUUUACGCUAACGCAUAUUGAUCAUAUUUAAGAUUAGGAGUUUUACUAGGUAAUUUUGAUGCAUAAAUCAUCUGUUUGUCCAACAGAUAUGAAUUAUACCUCAUACAAUAAAAAAAUCUGUUAGGAAAGGGUGGGCUACAUACAGUUUUCACUGUGGUGGUUUUAAUAAAACAACUACAAAAGUUGAAUGAGGGCUCUUUUGAUUUAGGCCAUUAGGUAGCCACCUAGCAGCCAUCCAAAACACUCUGAUAUCUUUGUGGCAACUUUUGGAUGGGUGCCGUUCACAUUUUCAUGGAAAACUAAAGUUUGAAAGAGUUCGUCGAGUAAUAGCAACAUGCUCAUUAAACUCAGUACACUUACUAGUCCAAUACCGUUGUCACAUUCUGGUAGAUUUAGCCAAACAAAACCCAAAGUCACAUGCAUAUACCUCUAUCAACAGUGUAAAUGUUUUACCCUUAUUUCUGGGUAUCAUAAAGAGAAAAGUUGUAGGUAUCUGUUCCUAACGCCAUCUAUUGUGUAUCAUAUACAGGCUGCUAUACUUCACACCCAGUCUAUCAAUGCAUAUUUCCAGGGAAUUUUCUGAAGGUAUUUUUUCAGGUAUCUAUUAAAAGGCACAUCUGAAAGUAGAAGAUGCUGUCUGUCACAGAUAGGAGGAGCAUUAUGGGAUGAAAAGUGGAUCGUAUGCAAUUUCACUUUUAGCCAGCAGAGGGCUCUGUUUAGUAAGCUAAAAAUAAUAAUAAUAAUAAUAAUAAUAAUAAAUGGAAGUAAGUUUUGAACCUUUUGGAACUUUUUUUAACGAGGCCUGCUGGUCUAGGACUGUAACUUGUGUUUGGUUUCUCUACUGUAAAGGUAAAUGUGUGACUAUUUCGUUUUGUAAAUAGUUACCCCUAAACGGUGGACGACAGACGAGGCGGACAAGCUCACGUGGUUGCAUCCUUUUAUUAUGUGCUGUACAUACUGGUAUGUCAUAUGUUUUGCACUCUUUUUUCAGAAAAUAAAUACAGCAAGCUUGUG